AUGCGCGGCGUCCAGCGUGAAGUGGCCCGACUCCUCGAGGCAGACCUUGACGAGGAUGACACCUACGACGGCGACCAGAUGGUGAGUGAUCUAGAUCUCGAUCUACAAGGGUACUCGCCUACCGAACUCGAUCCGGACGAGGAGAUGGCCGUUGCUGAAGAGGAUCCGCUCCUAGAUGCAAACGAAGGAGUCGUAUUAGAAGCCGACGAAGGAGAAGAGAUGAGGAGGCCCACAAGACGACUCAAGAGAAAGACAGCGCCCGGAGAUGUCGACUGGGACGCUGAACCGCACCAGGCCAUGAUCAUGAAGCGAGACCUCACGAAGAGAGGGGUGGAAAAGCGCCAAGAGAAGGAGCUGAGGUGGAGCGAGAUUCCCAAUGACCAGAAGGAGCUCUUCAAGUCCGCAGAAAGGGUGCAGUGGGAUGAAGUCCCUCGAAACCAGCGAAGGAAUGCUGGAGCUGACGCCCAGAACAUCCCAUGGAAGUGCAAAUCGAGGCUUGUGAUCGCCGGGCACACUGACCCCGACCUUGGAAGCUCGCAGUUGACCACCGACGCUCCUACCUUAUCACGAACAGGAUUGCUUUGUUUGAUGCAACGACUGGCCAACGGACUACGAGAACAAGAUCCUUGGACGGUCUCUGCGGGCGACAUCAGGUGUGCUUUCCUUACCGGAGGGUACCUGAGGCGAGAAGAAGAACUUUUUCUUCACCAGCCCAACACUGGCUUUCCGGGAUUACACCCACGGCAACUGGUGCGGAUAAAGAAGAACAUCUUUGGCCUUGCCACUAGUCCUCAUGAGUGGUGGCAGGACCUGCAAAGUGGAAUUCUCGACAUGGAGAUUGAGCACGAAGACGGGGUGUUCAAGUUCUGCCAGUCCCCCAUGGACCCUUGUGUUUUCGCCCUUCGCAGGUGGGAUGGCAAAAAGUUCUCCGGGCGCGCCGUGGCAUUCGUCGGCACGCAUGUGGACGAUCUCUUGGUUGUUGGCCCGGGAAGCUUAGCCGACAAGAUGAAGGAACAGCUGUCACGGACUUUCCCCAUCGAUAGCUGGGAACAAGAUGUCUUCAACUAUGUCGGGGUGGAGAUCGUAUGCACCAAGGACAGCGUCAGGGUGAACCAGACGGGCUAUGUGGACACUAGGUUGUUCCUUCUGCCUCUUCCAAAGGGGUGCCGUGACGAAGACCUUGUCGGGGUCGACCUCAUCGCCGACAAUAGAUCACUCGCGGGGGCCUCUCCUGGGUCUCCGCUCAAACAAGACCUGAUUUGA